UACGGUACCGGUUCUGCAAAAGGGUUCCUUGGCAAUGACACUGUUCGAUUCGGCCGUGAAGGUGAACGUGAUCGGCUGAUGGUUCCUGGUUGUGCCAUUGGGCAAGCCGAGUCAAUAGCAGAGUUUUUUGCUGAUACUGAACUUGACGGUAUUCUUGGAUUAGCAUUCAAAGACCUUUCUGUGACAGACACGCGGCAUCCUUUCCUACAGGCUGUCCAAUUGGGAUUGGUGGAUCCGAUCCUCACCGUUUAUUUGCAACGCUUAGGAGAGUCGGCAGAAGGAGAAUAUGGAGGAGUCUACACGUAUGGAGGUCUUGACAACGAGAACUGCGGACAGGUUAUUGCGUAUGAGCCACUCACGUUGGCUCUUUACUGGCAAUUCAACAUGAAAAAAUUCAGCGCAAAAAAUCUCGUGUUCAAAGCCGGUUGGGAGGUGAUGUCUGACACCGGUACGUCGUUCUUGGGCAUCCCUUCAGCAAUUAUCGACCAAAUAGCCAGCACGUACAACGCUAAGUAUAAUCAAACGACUGAUCUCUACACAGUCGACUGUAACACGGAUGUGGAAUUCGUCCUAACUAUAGGCGAUCACGCCUAUGUGAUUGAAAAGAAGAAUCUUGUCUACAAAUUUGGGAACACCUGCUUAAUUCCAAUGUUCUCGAUGGGUUCUGGCGCUUUUGGACCCUCUUGGCUUCUUGGUGAUCCAUUUAUCCGCCAGUUUUGCAAUAUUCACGACUUUGAGAAACAAAGAAUCGGCUUUGCUGAGCCACUUCGGAAGUAG